AGGCGCUCCCUAUAUAAGCAUCACGGCGGCUCUGCAGGGGCUACAAGCAUAUUAGCCUCACCAUGAAAAGGGUCCUGGCGUUUGCGUUGCUGCUGUGUGUGUGUGGAAGGAGCCUGUGUGUUCAGGUCAAGGAUGGAGACAGGAGCUUCCCCUUGGAAGCGGUGAGGCAGCUGAAGGCGUUGAUGGAUGUGGACCAGCACGUGAGUCCACACCUCGUCCAGACCAGUGCGGCGGCCGUGUGCUCCAACACCGUCCUACCGCAGGUCUUCCACUCCGUGUGUCAAGGCCAAGGGGCCGCCAUGGUGUUCUCCAGGCUAGUGAACGUCCUCAUGUCUUCGGACCCCUGUGAGAUAUGUGCCAACCCUUCCUGCUUCGGCUGCCUCCAGUGAGACAGUUUUUUUUUGUUUUUUUUUUUGUUUUAAAUAAAUGCCUCCACUCUGCCCUUUACAUGUCUGCCAUCAUCGCUAUGGACACCAACAAAUAACGGUCAUCCCAUUAUCAUCACCCUGCAAGCAUCACCAAAGGGAAUGACAUUGAAUUUUACAUUUUGGGAGAUGAUGGUAAAAAAAAAAAAAAAAAAACAGACCCAAAAUUGAUAACUUUGUUGUCUUCCAGUGGCUUUCAUGUUGAGCUUUUGUAAUUUAUUGGCUAUUGUCUUGAUAAU